AUGGGCAUCCAGGGAAUGAUGAGCUAUGUAGGGGAACACAAGCAAUUCUUUGUUGACUUGCAGCUGAGGAACACAAAAGUAAUAAUUGAUGGAAAUAACCUAUACCACCGACUUUACUUUGAUGCAAGUCUGGACAUUCGGCACGGUGGGGAUUAUGAUUCUUUUACAAAUAUCACACACAAGUUUUUUGAAACAUUGACUCUGUGUGACAUCAGACCGUAUGUUGUGCUAGACGGAGGAAGUGAUGUCUCUGAUAAGAAGUUCGCAACCUUAAAGGAAAGAGCACAGGAGAAGAUCCAGUUGGCCUUUUCCAUCUCUCGUGGCGGUGCUGGAAGCGUAUUACCUUUGCUCAUCCGAGAAGUAUUUAAACAGAUCUUAACCAGAUUACAAGUACCUUUUGUCCAAUCUUUUUCAGAAGCAGACAGGGACAUUGUGUCAUUAGCCAAUCACUGGAAUUGCCCUGUGUUGACUUUUGAUAGUGACUUUUGUAUUUUUGACCUAAAAGCAGGCUAUUGUCCUCUGAAUUACUUUCAGUGGAGAAACAUUUGCACCUAUGAAGAGUCACAAGACUGCUAUAUCCCAGCAAAGUGCUUCUCCUUAGAGAGAUUUUGUAAGCAUUUCGGCAAUAUGAGCAAAACUCUCCUACCGCUUUUUGCAGUGAUGAGUGGCAACGAUUAUAUUAACCUGCCUGCUAUGGAAAUGUUCUUCAGCAAGGUACGCCUUCCUGUUGGAAGCUAUGGGAAUAAAUUUAAAAAGCACAUCCGUAUUCAGGGGCUUCUGAAUUGGCUGUCUCGUUUUGCCGAUCCCGCUGAGGCUAUAGAAAAUGUACUGAAAUAUCUUAGACAGCAUGAGAAAGAGGAGACAAGACAGUUUCUCUGGGCUUCUAUGGAGGAAUAUGAACCGUCCAAUGUCAAUCUGGAAGACUUUUUUCAGAACGGACGUUAUGAAUCAGAGGAAGCCAAGAAACAAGAAUUACCUCUGUGGAUUCUUAGUGCUUUCGCUAAGGGCCUUCUCGCACCGUUCAUUAGUGAUGUCCUGGUAUUAAGAAGAGCAAUUCUCCAUGCUCAGGUUGAGAAUAUCCAAAGACCUAGCAGUCACGUUACAGCUCUGUCCAUUCGACAGGUGAUUUAUGGGCUGCUACUGAAUACUUCAGAAAGUUCGUUCUACACCUCUGCAAGGAAACAUCCCAUUUCUUCCACUCCCGCCCUUUGUGAAUUUGACAGAUUCCAAAAAGAACUCAGGAAAUCAUUUGUUUCAGCAGCGUCAUUCUCAGGAAAUUUUGCUCUGACUACGUUAAAUGAGGUUCCCUUAGCAGACCGUCUGCAACUUUUGUUGGACACAUUGGAAGUGACAGCCAGUGUCCUUGAGGCAGUUCCUGGUCAGUUGCAGCUCCCUGUGGCAGUGACCUGUUUCUGGAUACGGUAUUCAGAACCCAAAGUGAAGUUACAGCACAUGAAGGCUUUACUACUUGGCAUGGUAUUUGGUGAAUUACACAAAAUACUGGAGAACCCAGGCAUCCCUGCAUACAAUUCAGAUCAGAAUUUAAAGCACAAACUUAGUUGGUAG